UUUAGCUGUCAGAGAACGGCCAAGCGUCAUCUUUGUCGUACCGUACUCACACUGCCACACUGACAAACACGUUAGUUUUACUUGUGGCUGUUGGCAGCUGUCAUGGACCACAUAAAAGACGGGUGGUUUACGGAACUGUGCACGUUAUGGCCGGGGCAAGCGAUGAGCCUCCAAGUGGAAGAGGUCCUCUACCACAAGAAAUCCAAAUUUCAAGAUGUUAUGGUUUUCAAGAGUAAAACCUAUGGUAACGUCUUGGUGCUCGAUGGAGUGAUCCAGUGCACCGAGAGAGAUGAGUUUGCCUAUCAAGAGAUGAUUGCCAACCUUCCACUGUGCAGCCAUCCUUGCCCCAAGAAGGUGCUGAUUAUUGGCGGUGGAGAUGGGGGUGUGCUAAGAGAAGUGGUGAAGAACCCGCUGGUGGAAUCCGUGGUUCUGUGUGAGAUAGAUGAGGAUGUCAUUAAUGUAUCAAAGAAGUUCCUCCCAGGGAUGGCCAAAGGGUUUUUCAGUCCCAAGCUCACCCUCCAUGUUGGAGAUGGGUUUGAAUUCAUGAAGCAGAACCAGGAUGCCUUUGACGUCAUUAUAACCGAUUCCUCAGAUCCAGUCGGACCUGCUGAGAGUUUGUUUAAGGAGUCUUACUAUCAACUGAUGAAGGCAGCAUUGCGAAACGGUGGAAUUCUUUGUUCCCAGGGAGAGUGUCAGUGGCUCCAUUUGGAGCUGAUAAAGGAGAUGCAGACCUUCUGUAAGACCCUAUUCCCAGUGGUGGACUAUGCCUACAGCACCAUCCCAACUUAUCCCAGUGGCCAAAUUGGAUUCAUGCUCUGCAGUAAAAAUCCUGAAACAAAUUUCAAGGAACCAGUGAAAGCUCUGGCAAAAGAAGAAAUUGAAAAUAUGAAACUUAAAUAUUACAACCCUGAAAUUCACAAAGCAUCAUUCAUCCUCCCCGAGUUUGCAAGAAAGGUACUCAGUGAAGCAUGACCAGCAACAACAGACCACCAUGUUCAUCCACAG